AUGACUCGUGCAACUUUUGGCUGCAAGGUGUGCGGCGAUUUCAAGAAGGUUUCUCUUGGGAGAUGGACCUCGCACCAGCCGCAUAUAGUAGUUAUGCUUUCGGCGUUGGCCCAUUUCCACGGUCUUGAUAUCAAAGACCUGAAAGAAAUCUAUCGCUCUUUCCAAAUUCGAAGAAUGGUAUGCAGGGAACACUAUGUGGAUGCGGCGUCGUCCAUCGCCGCUGCUAUUGAAGCACAUACCGGAUCAUUCCAUCAAUGUGGUAUAAAUGUGGAUGGAGGUGUAACGGAAGCUUCACUAUCGACGUUGCUCCCUCCUGUUGUGCUGAAAGAUUUGAAAACAUUCGCGAAAGAGAUGGAUGCCAAUCUCACGUUGACUAUGCGUAAUGUAGCCCAUUUUGUGAAUGACGUAUUGGCACGGCAUGGUCUUCGUGGUGUCAAUGCUGCCACAUCGAACCGUAUAUACGUGCCUGUCAGAAAGGAAUUGCCCAAGAAACGAAAGAAGAUUGAUGACAUUGUUAAGCAUGUGAAGAAACUUAAAGAGGAAGUUCUUGAUGGCGCCGUCCCUGAAGAAACACAGCAUGUUGAAGAUACAAUAAAAAGUGACCUAAGCCUGUCUCCUGUAAUCGAUGUCACGUCAUAUGAUUCUCUUUCUCGCGACGAAGAUGCUCAAGAGAACUCGUCAACAAGAUCAGAAAAUGACCUGCAAUCGUCUCAGGUGGAGCCAAACAUCCUGGAUAAGUUCUAUAUGGUACAAGGAAGAAUGUUGCUGAAAUUGUUCAGAUUUUGUCCCACAUGUGGCAAUAACUUGUCCACAAGUGAUCAGAGUGCAGUUAGUUUCACAGCGAUUGGAACAGCGCCCAUUGUUCAGUUUGUAUGUAGUAAUUGUUCAUCAUCUACAGCGAUGACGCAACGAUGGGACGGUCAGCCCCUUAGGAAUGUAGUAUAG